UCCUUACACGCGGGUUCCAACGCGGUUUUUUCCUUGUCUUAACUCCCAUUCUUCUCACCCUUCAUUUUCUUAGCUCCAUUCUUCAUUUCAUUUUCGUAUAUAAUUUAAUUGCUUCGUUUGUUUCCAUUUUUAUCUUGCUAAAGUGUUUCUGUUUCUGGGGAAAUUCAGUAGUUUGAUGAUCAGAAAAUGAAGUGUUUCUUCUUCAAACAAAGAUCAAAAUUGGACCCAGAAUUACAAAAGCGUAGCAAGAAGAAAAAUCAAGUUUUGAACCGAGCAUCUAAGUCCAUCAGCUCGCUACCAUCGCCAAGGAGCAUUAAGGAAUUGUAUAAAGAGAAAGAACAUAAUUUUAGAGUUUUUACCCUGCAAGAGCUCGUAGAUGCAACAAAUGGUUUCAAUAGGAUGCUAAAGAUUGGAGAAGGUGGUUUUGGGAAAGUAUACAGAGGAACAAUUAAUCCUUAUCCUGAAGAUGGACAUGCUGAUCCCAUUGUGGUUGCAAUUAAAAAACUUAACACGCGUGGCUUACAGGGGCAUAAAGAAUGGCUUGCUGAAGUUCAAUUUCUUAGCGUUGUUAACCACCCGAAUUUGGUUAAGCUUUUGGGAUACUGCUCUGUGGAUAGUGAAAGAGGAAUCCAACGGCUGUUGGUGUACGAGUUCAUGCCCAAUAGGAGUCUGGAAGAUCAUCUUUUCAGUCAUUCUUUGCCUCACUUGCCUUGGAAAACAAGGUUGCAGAUAAUGCUUGGUUCUGCUCAAGGAUUACAGUAUCUACAUGAGGGAUUGGAAGUUCAGGUGAUCUACCGAGAUUUCAAAUCUUCAAACGUGCUAUUGGACACGAAAUUCCAUCCCAAGCUUUCAGAUUUUGGUCUUGCUAGGGAAGGUCCAACGGGUGAUCAGACCCAUGUAUCUACUGCGGUAGUUGGGACACAAGGAUAUGCUGCUCCAGAGUAUGUUGAAACGGGUCAUCUCAAAAUUCAGAGUGACAUUUGGACUUUUGGUGUGGUACUUUACGAGAUCCUCACAGGAAGGAGGGUAUUGGAUAAAAACCGUCCAACAGGGGAACAAAAGCUUAUAGAAUGGGUUAAAAAAUACCCUGCUGAAAGUAGCAGAUUCAGCAUGAUCAUGGACCCACGGCUCAAGAACCAAUAUUCUCUUGGUGCAGCUCGAAGCAUAGCCAAAUUGGCAGAUAGCUGCUUGAAGAAGAAUCCUGAUGAAAGGCCAUCCAUGAGUCAGAUAGUUGAAAGCUUGAAACUAGCAUUGCAGUUUUCAGAAACCUCAAACACUUGGCAGAAUAUGAAUCCUAAAUUGGUCCCAAAAGGUAAAUAGAAGGAGUUAAGGAAUGACUUUGUAGUACCAACCACUGGUCAACCUUGGAAUUCAGAGUUAUGAGCAUUUUCGCGUUUCUACGGUUCUGAAUGUAGCUUCCUGGUUGGUUAGUUAGUUCGGUUCAGCGCCACAACACCAAGUCCUGUUAUGUCUUACCUUAUCAACACUGGCUUUUUGUGCAAAAUUAAUCAAUCCCGAACUUCGUUCAUAUGAACCAUGUGGCAUGCGCGAUACGUAUGACCAUGCUCUGAACUGAAUGGUGUCGAAAUCUCUGCUGAUUUAAGUUAAAAGUAUUUUAAAGAAAAAUGGAGAAUAUUUUAAUUUCUUUGCUGAAACUAUUUGACAAAUUAGAAAGCAACUAUUGAAAAAGUCUAUUUCCUAUUGAAUUUUACCACCUAAUCUCUAAAAAACGAUGGAAAUUGUGCUG